CGGCCUUGGGCGCUUCCCCUGAGCAGUGUAGCAGGAGAAGCUGAGUUAGGAUAAGGGGCGGGCGUCCUGGAGGACGUCCAAGCCCGAAAAAAAGAGCUGGCGAAAGGAGGAAAGAGCCCUCGAGAGUUAUAAUCACCAACAGUGCAAGAAAUCCAGAACUGUCAGAUGCUGGACUCAGGACUGGCGCUCUCCCCGCUGCAUUAAUCCUCGCUGCCCGGAAUAUUCUUCAAGCUCCAGGACCUCCUCAACCCCUAACCACCUUGUCUUCUGCACCACUACCCUACUAGAUCCUAACCCGGGCUGUGACUCGGAGUGGGCCGAACCUCUUUCAGGCUUUCAGCCGCCGCCGCCGCCGCCGCCAUGGAGAUCGUCUACGUGUACGUGAAGAAGCGCAGUGAGUUUGGGAAGCAAUGCAACUUCUCUGACCGCCAGGCUGAGCUGAACAUUGACAUCUCACCCAACCCUGAGCUGGCCGCACUGUAUGUGGAGCGGAACCCAGUGGACACAGGCAUCCAGUGCUCCGCCAGUAUGUCGGAACAUGAGGCCAACACAGAGCGGUUUGAGAUGGAGAACUGUGGGGUUAACCACGUCGAGGGGGGCUGGCCCAAGGAUGUGAACCCCCAGGAGCUGGAGCAGACCAUCCGCUUCCGGAAGAAAGUGGAGAAGGAUGAGAAUUACAUCAACGCCGUCAUGCAGCUGGGCUCGAUCAUGGAGCACUGCAUCAAGCAGAACAAUGCCAUCGACAUCUACGAGGAAUAUUUUGAUGACGAGGAGGCCGUGGAGGUGACUGAAGAGGCCCCUUCAGCCAAGACCAUCAAUGUCUUCAGGGACCCUCAGGAGAUCAAGCGGACAGCCACACACCUCUCCUGGCACCCUGAUGGUAACAAGAAGCUGGCCGUGGCCUAUUCCUGCUUGCAGUUCCAGCGCUCGCCCAUGGGCAUGAGCCACGACUCCUACAUCUGGGACCUGGAAAACCCCAACCGACCUGAGAUUGCCCUGAAGCCAUCGUCUCCUCUCAUCACCCUGGAGUACAACCCUAAGGAUUCCCACGUUCUCCUAGGGGGCUGCUACAAUGGGCAGAUAGCCUGCUGGGAUACCCGGAAGGGCAGCCUGGUGGCAGAGCUGUCCACCAUUGAGUUCAGCCACCGAGACCCAGUGUACGGCACCAUCUGGUUGCAGUCAAAGACAGGCACCGAGUGCUUCUCAGCGUCCACGGAUGGGCAGGUCAUGUGGUGGGACAUCCGCAAGAUCAGCGAGCCCACCGAAGUUGUCAUUAUGGACAUCACCAGAAAGGAGCAGCUGGAGAACGCCCUGGGCGCCAUCUCCUUGGAGUUCGAGUCUACCUUGCCAACCAAGUUCAUGGUGGGCACUGAACAAGGCAUUGUCAUCUCCUGCAACCGCAAGGCCAAGACGCCAGCGGAGAAGAUCGUUUGCACCUUUUCUGGCCACCACGGCCCUAUCUAUGCCCUCCAGAGAAACCCCUUCUACCCAAAGAACUUUCUGACUGUUGGCGACUGGGCUGCCCGCAUCUGGUCUGAGGAGAGUCGGGAGUCAUCUAUCAUGUGGACCCGGUACCACAUGGCUUACCUCUCUGAUGGAGCCUGGAGUCCCGUGAGACCAGCGGUUUUCUUCACCACCAAGAUGGAUGGGACCCUGGACAUCUGGGACUUGGUGUUCAAGCAGUGUGACCCUGCCCUCAGCCUGAAGGUAUGUGACGACCCACUCUUCUGCCUCCGAGUUCAGGACACCGGGUGUCUCAUCGCCUGCGGCUCCGAGCUCGGAACAACCACUCUGCUGGAGGUCUCCAGCAGUCUCUCUACUCUGCAGAGGAAUGAGAGGAACAUAGCUUCUUCCAUAUUUGAACGUGAGACCCGGCGGGAAAAGAUCCUAGAGGCCAGACACCGCGAGAUGCGGCUGAAGGAGAAAGGCAAGGCAGAGGGCAGAGACGACGACCAGAAGGAGGAGGAGACAGCCCUGGACCUCGAUGAGCUAGUCAACAAAGCCGAGGAGGAGUUCUUCGAAGUCAUCUUCGCAGAGCUGAAGAGGAAGGAGGCAGAGGCCUUGAAGAAGAAACCGAAACCUAAAAAAGCAAGUAUAGAGGUGGAAGGCGAAGAUGAGCUGGAAGAUAUUGCUGGAGAGGAGGAAGAAUCCGGCAUCAUAAUGGGUGAAGAUACAGGUGAAGAUGACAUGGAUGAAAAGAAUGAGGGCGGGGCCCCCUAGGGCAGCCUCUGCCCACAACACUGCCCCUUCGCGCUCAAGGCUGGCCUUCCAUUUGAUGCCGUCUCAUCUGAAAAGCGCAAAGUUGAGUUUCCUUCUUCAGUUAUCGUUGGUGGGGGACAGAUCAGGGACAAGUUACUGGGCCAAGCCCCAUGUGCAUGCUUCUCUAGUGUGGGAAAGGGUAGGACUUGUCUCUGUGCUAACUCCCCUGGCCUCUGCAACUCUGAGGCUAACUCAGACUCGGGGCACACACACAGCCUCAAGUCAGACAUUAGAUGGGUCCCUAGAUUCUGCUUAUCACGGGUUAUCCAAUUAGUAGUUACCAAUGGCUUUCUCCAGAAGCUUCCAGAGCUCAUCUGUGAGCUUGCCUUGGUGCCCAGGGGCCUCCGGAGCACCUGCACAGGGGCAAGUUUCUCUCUCUCUCUCUCUCUCUCUCUCUCUCUCUCUCUCUCUCUCUCUCUCUCUCUCUUCCCCUCUCACCUACUUGCAAAUCAAAAGAGAACUAACUUUCAUCUCCAUCUAUAAUGCCUUCCCAAGCAACCUCCCAGGAGGCAUCUUGACACGUGGUCGCACGGUAGGGGCGUUCCCAGGUGUGGAGAGUAGGGUGAACCUGAUCCUCCCUGUACACACGUGGUUUUUCUGGCUAUGUUUCUCAUAACAUUAAAUCAGUGAUAACAGCA